UCCCCUAAAAAAAACCUUAGCCAACUUCUCUUACUUUCACUCUGAGCUGAAGAUAUCUCCAACAAACAAAGCUCCACACCAACAAUGGCUCACUCAUAUGUGGCGUUACAGCCUUCGUCAACUACUCCACGACUCAACGCUUCCAUCUUCGACCACCACUCGUCUUCUCGCUCCUUCGACUCUCACUUUCUCUCUCUUCCGUUCAAGCCUCUCUCCACCAGGGUUUUGAAAUCGAGUAAUUCUUCCGAGAAAAUUCGUCGAAGUUCGACGGUUAAGGCUGUGUAUUCGGAUGGAUUUGGAACUCCGAGGCGAAAUGAACGCGGUGGAAUUUGGUCAAUUAGAGAUGAUCUGUUGGUUCCGUCUUCCCCGUUUGUUCCUGCUUAUGCGGGACAAGGACCGCCUCCUAUGGUACAAGAAAGGUUCCAAAGUGUGAUUACUCAGUUAUUUCAAUAUAGAAUAAUUCGAUGUGGUGGAGCCGUUGAUGAUGAUAUGGCUAAUGUAAUUGUUGCUCAGCUUCUAUACCUUGAUGCGGUUGACCCAAACAAGGAUAUUGUCAUGUAUGUGAAUUCCCCUGGAGGAUCAGUUACAGCUGGUAUGGCCAUAUUUGACACGAUGAGGCACAUCCGACCUGAUGUCUCCACUGUAUGUGUUGGACUAGCAGCAAGUAUGGGGGCUUUCCUUCUAAGUGCCGGGACCAAAGGGAAAAGAUACAGCUUGCCUAAUUCAAGGAUUAUGAUCCAUCAACCUCUUGGUGGUGCACAGGGUGGUCAAACUGACAUCGAUAUCCAGGCAAAUGAAAUGCUGCACCACAAGGCAAAUCUCAACGGGUAUCUGGCCUAUCACACUGGUCAAAGCUUGGCAAAGAUCAACCAGGACACCGACCGUGAUUUCUUUAUGAGUGCCAAGGAAGCCAAAGAAUACGGGCUCAUUGACGGUGUCAUUAUGAACCCUUUAAAAGCACUACAGCCGUUAGCUGCUGCAACUGCUGAUCUGGCAUCGUGAUAGCAGCAGAGAGUCAAUCGUGGUCGUGUUAGUCUUAGAAAAUACUGCACUGCACUGGGGCCCGUUGUUACUGGGAAGCGCACUCUCUGGAAUGAAUGAACUCGGAAAUGUGACAAGGAAUUUAGUGGCCAUAAGAUGAAAGAGAGUUAUAGUCUUGAGACUAGAAAGAUUUGUCAAUUGUGCACCUCUAUUAAUUGAAUUAUAGAUUAUUCUUGUAAUUUGGUCAAACUCAAUACUUCGUAUGUAACUGUAAAACGGGUUUUCCUGUUGCAAUCAGAAAGUGGAAGUUUAUUAA